AGCAAAUAGCUUUCAGAAUAUUUAAGGUACUAUCUAGAGAUGCAUUUCAAGAAGAGGAUAAAAGACCUAGUGCCGCUUUCUGUGACUUUCAUAAUAAAAUCUCUUCUUUUUCUUGUUCUGCUUCCCAAACAGCUAUCCUACUUUGGAGAAGAUGCUGGAUACUCAGAGUUUCUGCCAGAGAAUAUAUGCCUGAACUAAAAGAGGAAGUGGCCUAUAGAAGAAAAUGAUGAGCUAUCUUCUGUGGUAUUAAUAAAAGUUAAAAGCAUUUCAAGUUUAGGCAGAAAACUAACUGAAAACCAAGAACCUAUUCUAUGGUUAGUAAUUUCUUUCAUGUCAUACAAGUAUUCAGGAAAUCUGCUACCCUGAUUAGUAAGACUGAACACAUUGGUUUUGUCAUUUAUUCGUGGAGGAAGUCCACCACCCACUUGGGGAGCAGAAGGAAAUCUGCCAUCUCAAUUUACUUAACUUACGAAGUUUCUUUGCAGAAAUAUGACUGUUCCUUCAGUGGGACAUCAUUUGUGGGCUUCUGUCUCUUUUUGGUCUAUGCGCUGGCUGGAGAUGUAGUCUAUGCUGACAUCAAAACUGUUAGGACUUCCCCAUUAGAACUCCCAUCUCCACUUCAGAGAUCUGUUUCUUUCAACUUUGCCACUGUCCUUAAAUCGUGUCCUGCCAAAGACUGGAAGGUGCAUAAGGGAAAAUGUCACUGGAUUGCUGAAACUAAGAAAUCUUGGAACGAAAGUCAAAAUGACUAUGCCACGAAAAAUUCAUAUCUCAUGGUGAUUCAAGACAUUACUGCUAUGAUGAUCACCUUUUUGCUGUACCGUCAAAUGGCAUCUUUUCAAUGUCUGUACAUCUCUGAUGUCUCUCUGUGUAAAUUUCUUCUUGUAAGGACAUUGUCAGAUUGGAUUAGGGCCCACCCCAAUGGCCUCACUGUAAGUAAAUGACAUCUUUAAAGGUUGUGUCUCCAAAUACAGUCACGUUCUGAGAUACUGAGGGUUUAGGACUUCAAAAUACGAAUUUUGGAGUAGAACAAUCCAGCCCAUAAUAUUCCACUCUCUGGGCCCCACAGCCCAUAACAAGGGUCAAUUAUAAAUGUGCAUGCACCAAGGCAAAGACUGCAGAACUGAAAGGGAAAAUGGACAAAUUCACAAUUGUAGCUGGAGACAUAAACACCUCUUUAAGUAACUAAAUAAACUAAUAGACAAAAAGAAAAAAUAGUAAGGAAACAGAAGAACUAAAUGACACUAUCAACCAACUGGAUUUAAUUGACAUUAUUGGAAACUCUAUACAACAACAGGGAUUAUACAUUCUUUUUAAGUGCACAUGAAAUGUUCAUGGGGACCAUAUCUGGGGACAUAAAAAUCUGAAAA